AGAGGGAACUCACAGAUGUAACAGCGACAGCAGACAGAUGACACUGAGCAGCAAUGAGAUCAGAAACACAGACAGAAGUGGGAUCCACAUGAGAGACUUGAGCAGGGUGCUGUUCAUUGACAAUAAAAUGGGGAAACUUCUUCUCUUUUUCCUGGUUUUGGUUCUCUGUACAAGUGGGACACUUCAAAAAGAAGGGAGAAGAACAAGAGUGAGAAACAGCCCUCAGGUUGCUGUGCCCAGAAUACUUAAAGGGGACCCCAUAACUCAAGCUCCCAAUUCAACCCAUUCCCCUGCAGCUCUGCAGUCUCUAAGCAACAUUGCACUGGUCUACCUCCACGGCUCUCUCAGCACCCGGGUCAUCCCCAUUACUUAUAUGUUGGUGCUUAUUGUCGGGAUCCCGGCCAACAUCUCCAUCCUGUGCUUGCUGUCGACUAAAAUUAGAAAAGUGUCCUCUGCCAUCCUCUACAGUAGCCUGGCUGUCUCCGACCUUUUCCUCCUCCUCUCCCUCUUCUUCAAGGCUCACUACCAUCUCCAUGGAAACCACUGGGUUCUCGGGGAGGCAGCCUGUCGAGUGGUCACGGCCUGUUUCUAUGGCAACCUCUACUGCUCGGCCAUGACGCUGGCUUGCAUCAGCAUCAAGCGUUACUUGGCUAUAGUGUAUCCGUUCAUGUACAAAAGUAUGCCCAAGAGGACGUGCACUGCCUGUGUGAGCCUGGCUGUAUGGGGGGUGUUCGGUGCCGCCGUCAUCCCCGAGCUCAUCGUCCAGCAGACCUACUGGCUGCCUCAGCUGAACAUCACCACCUGCCACGAUGUGUUGCCUCUAAACCACAGCUCUCACCUGUUCCUGACCUACUACAACCUGAUUCUGACCAUCCUUGGUCUGCUGGUGCCGCUGGUCGUCACAGUUGUGUGUUUUGUCCGAAUCAUCCAUGAACUCAAGCAAUCACAUGGCGACUGGGCGAUGUACAUCAAGGCUAGCUCUCUGGUGUUUGCCAUCUUCCUGGUGUGUUUUGUCCCUGCUGGAGUCCUGCAUUUUCUCCAUUUUGUGCAGCAAUCUGUAAACGGGACAGAAAGUUUGUAUGGGUACUUCAACGUGGCGGUGUGUUUGUGCUGCCUCCACGCCUGCCUGGACCCCUUCCUCUUUCUGCUCAUGUCCACGUCUGCAGGCUCCAAAUUUCACUUCAUGACUUUUAAGGGCCACACUCUUAGCAUAUCUAUCUAAGAGGGGCCUACCUGCCACCAAAUACUCACUGAUUCUUAUUUUUUGUAGCUGAUGAAAAUCUUCUGUGGCUGGAAUCCAAAGAGAAAACAGAAGUAACUUCACUGUAUUAAUUUUAUAAAAGCGAUCGAAAUGACCUUUGUUGGACUAACUUCAUGUAAAAUUGCUUUGAGUAUCUCUUUUGUAUGUGGGUGUGCUUGUGUGUCCGUGAGUGUAAAAUGGUAGAAACCAAUAUUUAUAUUUCUUUUAAUUGUAUCUAAUUUUUAAAAACAGAAUUGGCAGUUUCAUCUAUUAAAUAAGGAAAUAUUUGUGAAAUUGCAAUAAAUUUGCAAAAGUAUUUUAACUUUUUAUGUUAAAAAAGUAUUUCAAUUUCAUGUUUUUUACAUAUGUAGUUACACUAUUUUCGAAAGUAUCUUUGUGUAUGUCACAAAUAUAGAAAAAAAUCUGUACAAAAAGUAAAAUUACACAUAAGAGUGUAUUUAUAUAUAGGCUACAUAUGGCACAUUCAGAACAUUUUUUGGUUGACAUUGUCUCUAUAUGACUACUGACAUUGAUGAUUCAUGACAAAUAUUGAUUGUGAUUUAUGAUACUUAACUUUCUCUUAACUUUCCUAUGAAUCUCUUUUAAACUGUCGUGUUCUAUAUGUCUAUAACCUGCUAAAUUGUGCAGCUGGAUGUUUGUCCAAGACGCUUUUGUAAAGGAGAUUCUGUUAUUGAGAUUUUGUCAUUAAAGAGAACUCAAAUAAUUACAAUAAAACAAUGUCCAAAAGAGAUGAAUAAUAAA